CUCCAGCAUGGAAAUUUCCCAUGUCUGGCUGCCGACGCUAACACUAUGUAUCCGCAUUAUUAUGUAAUCUAUACGACCACCUCGAUUUAUACACAGGCUAACCCAAUUAGGUAAUCGAUUACCUUGCUGACUCAGACAUGUGAUUCGACGUCAUCAUCACGUGUCGGUCCUGAGACGGUCAAAAUGUUCAGUAAUCGAAAAGGCAAGAGAUUUAAAUACUACAGUCCCCCCUGUGACAAGAUUCCGUGUCCAAAAUCCCUUUCGCCGUUGAAAGACCACCACAAUGAUCAGGCCCAUGGUUAAUCUCUCAGGCACAACAUUUGUCCCCCACCGCCCGGACAUUCGAAUCUCCAGGUUCUCCGCUUCGGCGCACCUCCGACAUAGCAACUUUUCUUCUUAGUCCGCCAUAUAAAACAUAAUCACCCUGAACAAACGUAGCCGUAGCAAGGGAAAAAAAACACGAAGACAAAAAAGCCAACACAGUAAAGACCAAAAUAAACCACCAAAAUGCCCGAAAUCAUCGACGACAAAUCCCAACACUGCAUCCCGUUCCUGCUGGAGCGAUUAAAAGCCCACCAAGAGCGGUUCGGAAACGACCCGGCCAGAACCCCACCAUUCUUUCUGGGGUUGAAUGGCGUCCAGGGGGCCGGGAAGACGGUGCUGGUGUCCACCCUACAAUCGACUCUCCGCUCCCCGCCGUACUCCCUCCCCGUUAUCACGCUCUCGCUUGACGAUCUAUACCUCACCCAUGAGGAACAGAUCAAUCUCGCCAAGUCGCACCCUGCAAAUCCGCUACUGCAGCAUCGCGGGCAACCAGGUACACAUGAUCUGCCAUUAGCCAAGGAGGUCUUUGAAUCCCUCCGCGCGGGCCGAGCCACGGCUAUUCCGCAGUAUGAUAAAUCUGCGUAUGCGGGGCAGGGUGAUCGCGUACCCGAGUCGCAAUGGGAGACCGUUAAUGGCGAGGAGCAGGAUAAGAUAAAGGUAGUCAUAUUCGAAGGCUGGUGUGUUGGUUUCCGCGCUGUGGAUGAUCAGCUCCUGCGCGAGAGGUGGGAUGAUGCUGUUAGGCGGAAAGAGAAGGGUGACUAUGAUGGACGGUUGGGAUAUGUGCCAUUUGAGGCUGUCAAGGCUGUUAAUGAUGCGCUGAAGGAAUAUGAUCUGAUCACAGAUCAGUUGGAUGCUUUGAUCCACAUUGAUGCCCAAGACUCACACUUUGUCUAUGACUGGCGACAGGAACAAGAACGAACGCUUCUUGCUGCCAAAGGAACGGGCAUGACCCCGGAACAGGUCACGCACUUUGUCAAUGGCUACUACCCCUCAUAUGAGCUCUUCACCGAAGGCCUUCGAGCAGGUACCUUCAGGCCUGUUCCACAUACAACAGCCGCAUCUAGACCUUCUACCGGCUGGGAGGACAGACAGCUUCAUUUGAUCGUCGACAAGAAUCGAAAGGUCCAAGAAGUCCGCAAGAUAUAGGUCGGACUUUUCGGAUUCAAGUCACAUAGAUAUCAGCCCAAAUGAAUCGUCGAAUCUAAUCGACAGGUAAUACCAUUAUUCCAAAGAGUCAUUGUUCCAAAGAUAUUUACUGCAAUACCAAUUCAGCUGAAUAUAUUAGCCAAACAUAUUCUACCGUCUGUCUGUGCAGAUUCCCAACCACAUAUACAAUGAAUAUGGAUAGACAUGGCC